AGGACACCAGCAAGGUGAAUGGACGUCUGUGUUUUGUAUGUCUGGAGGAAUCUUCUCCCCCUUGGAUAACCUUUUUGACCCAGACAGUGCAAACUGCCACCCACUGGUGUGCCACUUGUGCCAUGAACAAUAUGAGCAUCCAUGUCUACUGGAUUGUUAUCACACUUUCUGCGCCAGCUGUCUACGUGGUAGAUCUGUGGAUAGCCGCCUCACAUGCCCUCUCUGUGGACAUCAGUCUAUAGUGAAAGGGAUAAACGCUCUGCCUUCAGAGGACCGUCUGCUGAAGUUUUUGGUGGAUAAUUCUGCUGACUGUGAGGAAGCGGUGCAGUGUGCCAACUGUGACUGGGAGUGCAAGAAACAGGAUGUGGAUGCAAUGUAUUAUUGCAACACUUGCAACCAGCCCCUGUGCAGAGACUGCAGAGAAGCCACCCACAAGGCCAAGAUGUUCUCAUUUCAUGAAAUCGUCUCCCUGGCCAAACGCACCAAAGAAGCCCAUAAAAAGUGUGGGCUCCAUGAGGAACUUUACAUCAUGUUCUCUACAGAAAAGAAGUCUAUGCUUUGCAUCAACUGUUUCAGAGACAUGCCAGUGGAGAGCCGAGCGCACUGCAUUGAUAUUGAGACAGCCUAUAUGCAAGGCUGUGAAAAACUGGACCAAGCCGUUUUAGCUGUUAAGGAGCUUCAGACAUCAGCACGGGAAUCCAUUAUUCUGCUAAAGGCUAUGAUUGGAGAAGUCUGGGCUAAUGUGGAUGAGGAAGAGAGUGCCAUCUGUACCCUUUUUAACAGCAUGCAGGAGAAACUAGCAGAAAGAAAGAGGGUUCUACUCAAGGCAGCUCAAAGUCAGCACGAGGAAAAGGAACGAGCUUUUAAAGAACAGCUGUCACAUCUGUCUGCACUGCUGCCGACUCUCCAGGUUCAUCUGGUCACAUGUUCUGCUUUUCUUAGUUCGGCAAAUAAAUUUGAGUUUUUAGACAUGGGUUAUCAACUGAUGGAGAGGCUAAAGAAGAUUGUAAAGUUGCCUCACAGACUAAGACCCACCCAGAGCAGUAAGAUAAACACAGAGUAUCGGUCUGAAUUCGCUCGCUGUCUGGACCCCCUGUUACUUCUGGGUCACAGAAGAUCCGUGUCCACAGCAGGAAGCGUAUCAGGACUAUCCCUGAGCAACAGUGGUGUACUGCUGCCAUCGGUGCCCUGUCACUCUCCAACAGCUAGUAAUAUGGCUCUGGGUUUGUCGGUGGUGCGAAAGCCCACCUCUCACCGCUACAUCAGCACCAAGGUCCUGCUGGCAGAAGGUGAAGACAGUGCCUUCAUGGAGCACUGCCGAAAUUAUGAGAACAGCUACAAGAGUCUGCAAGUGGACAUCCAGAAGCUUAAGGACCAUGUGCAGGAGAUCCAUCGAGACCUGACUAAACACCAUUCUCUCAUCAAGACCGACACCAUGAGUGAGAUCUUGGACAGAUCCGUGCAUUUGGACAAAGAGAUCUCUUCAAAAUACAGCUCUGUUGACACAAUGAGGGCUAUGUUUGAAGAGAUCUGGGAGGAGACAUACCAAAGGGUGGCAAACGAGCAAGAGAUUUAUGACGCACAACUUUAUGACCUAGUUCAGUUAAAGCAAGAGAAUUCCUACCUGACCACCAUUGCUCGGCAAAUUGGUCCCUACAUCCGCUCCAUAGCAAAGGUGAAAGAACGCCUAGAGCCCAGACUCAAAGAGCCAAAAGAGAUUAAAGAUGAUCGGACAGAGACAAUGCUGAAAAUUUAUGAGGACAGCAGCAGAACAGCAGAAAGCCAGCACAGCACUGAACUAACAUGCGCCCGUGAAGACUAUCGUACACCAAUCACCCUUUCUGAAGAGUCCAGUGCCAAAAACAAAGAGCUGUACAGGCUGAGCAAGCAGAAAUGCACAACUGACCCAGUCCACUGUGUCCCCGUGAAAUCACAGCUCAGCUGAGUGAACGCCUUGUGUAUUUAAAGUUCUGGGAAUGAUCACACAAAGAAAAGGCACUAAUAUGAACAAAAUGUGUUUCAUUCUAAUGUAUUUUAGAGCUGUGCUAUUUUUUUAAUGCUGAAUUAGAACAGAUUCUUAUAAAAGAUAGUCUGUAGAUACGCUGUAUUUGACAUUUUAGUGAUGCAGCAAUCUACUCUACGAGGGAUCUUCAAAAAGUUUCUGCACUUUUACAUUUACGCUGAAAAUGGUAAGGGGGGGAGGAGUAUUAAUUGGUCAUGUCUGAGACACUGAGAGACGCUUAUAGUCCGGAUUUAGCACCAUCUGAUUUCCACCUAUUUUGGACCUCUCAGAGAGGCUUCAAGGGGAAGAUGAUUUUCAUGUAAUGAUGUGAAAGCAGCAGUGCAUCAGUGGCUAUUCUUAAUAAAUUCUUAAUAAAAUUAAAAAUAGUGUGGAAACUUUUUGAAGAACACUUGUAAGUCUUAGUGUGUUCAACAAAGCACUACCAGGACGGCUGUCUUGUUGAGGGGGAAAAAAGCUGGUUGGGGACUUCUUGCUGCUCCAACAGUGACUUGUACUUGCUGGUAAGGCACAGACUCAAGUGGUAAAGAAAUACAGAAAGAACAGUAUCUUCCUCGAUAUACACUAUAUUGCCAAAAGUAUUCACUCACCCAUCUGAAUCAUUGAAUUCAGGUGUUCCAAUCACUUCCAUGGCCACAGGUGUAUAAAACCAAGCACCUAGGCAUGCAGACUGCUUCUACAAACAUUUGUAAAAGAAUGGGUCGCUCUCAGGAUCUUAGUGAAUUCCAUUGUGGUACCAUGAUAGGAUGCCACCUGUGCAACAAGUCCAGUUGUGAAAUUCCCUUGCUACUAAAUAUUCCACAGUCAACUGUCAGUGGUAUUUGGUAUUAAAACAAAGUGGACGCGAUUGUGAAUGACAGCAACUCGGGGGUCAGCGGCUGCUGAGGUGCCUAGUGCACAGAGGUCACCAACUUUCUGUAGAGUCAAUCGCUACAGACCUUCAAACUUCAUGUGGUCUUCAUGUAAAGCACGCCGCCACUAGACUCUAGAGCAGUGGAGACGUGUUCUCUGGAGUGACGAAUCACGCUUCUCCGUCUGGCAAUCCGAUGGAUGCGUCUGGGUUUGGCGGUUGCCAGGAGAACGAUACUUGUCUGACUGCAUUGUGCCAAGUGUAAAGUUCGGUGGAGGGGGGAUUAUGGUGUGGGGUUGUUUUUCAGGAGUUGGGCUCGGCCCCUUAGUUCCAGUGAAAGGAACUCUUAAUGCUUCAGCAUACCAAGAGAUUUUGGACAAGUUAAUGCUCCCAACUUUGUGGGAACAGUUUGGGGACGGCCCCUUCCUGUUCCAACAUGACUGCGCACCAGUGAGUGCAAGUCCUGACCUCAACCCGACAGAACACCUUUGGGAUGAAUUAGAGCGGAGACCUUCUCGUCCAACAUCAGUGUCUGACCUCACAGAUGCACUUCUGGAAGAAGACAAACCUUGUAGAAAGCCUUCCCAGAACAGUUGAAGCUGUUAUAGCUGCAAAGUGUGGGCCGACAUCAUAUUAAACCCUAUGGAUUAAGAAUGGGACGUCACUCAAGUUCAUAUGCGUGUGAAGGCAGACAAGCAAAUACUUUUGGCAAUACAGUGUAUGUUAGGGUUGUCUGUAUGGAAAUCCCAGUGAUUGAAAAGAAGAAGUUGGUGGCUUUACACAGUUGAGGAUAAUUGCACAACUCUGGGCCUUUAUUAGCCAACCUGGGUGUUGUGCAUGAAGCAUGAAGCAGCAAAAUUACAAUAGGACUAAACUGGAAGGAAAAGCAAGUGGACACGACAUUUCUGUUCAAUGUUUAUUGGAGUUUUGUGGUAGUUUUGAUAGUGAUGUACAGGAAACUUUCGUUAACUUUUUAUAUUAUACCUUAUAUAAUGCAACAGUGCUCUCUUUCUGUACAUGAAGCAAGUGUAUAAAAUGUGAUAUAUCUGUACGUUUGACUAUAGAAAUUCUUGCAGUGUGUAUUCGGUGAAAAAGUGCAGCUUAAUUAAAGCUAGACCAGAGUGGAGAUUA